UUGAAUAAUUAGUUUAUUUGUGAUUCAACUAGUCCUACAUCUCUUAGAUUCACUGUAAUCACUGUAAUUCAUUUUUAUUAGGAGCUCCGUUUAUAAUUUUCCACUUUGUAUAGACCGUUUCAUCACAGUAUUUUUGGAUUCUGGAAGAUGACUGCAUCUCAUGUUUGACUAGAAUUUGACGCACAGUCCUAGUUAAAUCGGAAUCUGGAUUCUGUUAUGAUGCUUUUCAUGUUCGAGAUCUGGAUGAUUUUUGCAAUAUAGUUUAUAUUUUCUUUUACAAGUGGGCUAAGUUUGAUUUUCUAUGAGUUUAUUAGAUUAUAAACUUCUUAAAGCUAUUCUCUCAUCGUAAAUUGGGCGGCCACAAAUUAUACACUGAAAAUCUGUGGCUUGGCAUAGAUAAACAUAUUAUUGAACUGGAUCGCUCCCCGAAGUAGAUAAACAUAGUAUCGAACUAGGUAAACAGUUCAUGUGUUCAUCUCUGUUAUAUUUGUGAUUAUUUGAGUUUGUUUCCCAACAUUUGUAAUACAAGUUGAAAUGUUGGUAAGCCAAAUUUUGUGAUGUUUGUGAAAAUGUUGUUCUUAUCCAUAAACAUGAAUUGUUGAAUAUGCAAAUAUUUCUGUUUUGAUGAUUUCUCUGUCAGUGGAGUUGUGGAUUUGUUUGCUAGAGAGUUGGUGGACAGUUAAAUAGUUGUACAAAAUUAUCCAUGCCUAUGGUGGUUUAAAAGAGUAUGUUUGUAUAAACAUGUGUGUUUCUCACUUUCUUGUUACAAGACUUGUGUAGAUGGGUGACGUAGCUAAAGAUCUUACCGCUGGUACCAUUGGAGGGGCUGCACAACUGGUAUGCGGACAUCCAUUCGAUACCAUCAAGGUCAAGCUCCAAAGUCAGCCUGUUCCCCUUCCUGGACAGCUGCCGAAAUAUGCCGGUGCUAUAGAUGCUGUAAAAAAAACAAUAUCUGCUGAAGGUGCGGGGGGUCUGUACAAGGGCAUGGGAGCCCCUCUUGCCACUGUGGCAGCUCUUAAUGCAGUGCUCUUUACAGUCCGAGGUCAGAUGGAAGUGUUACUGAGGUCUGAACCUGGUGCUCCUCUCACAGUGAACCAGCAGGUCGUUUGUGGGGCUGGAGCUGGAGUUGCUGUUUCCCUUCUCGCCUGCCCUACUGAGUUGAUCAAAUGCAGACUACAAGCCCAGAGUGCCCUAGCAACUGUUGGCGCAGGAGCAACUGCUCCGAAGUAUGGUGGCCCAAUGGAUGUUGCGAGACAAGUCCUUCAGUCAGAAGGAGGCGCGAGGGGCUUGUUCAAGGGCUUGGUUCCAACGAUGGCACGAGAGAUACCAGGCAAUGCUGCCAUGUUUGGUGUGUAUGAAGGACUGAAGCAGUAUAUGGCUGGUGGGAGAGACACUUCGGGUCUGGGAAGAGGCUCGCUGAUGCUGGCCGGAGGUCUAGCCGGAGGCGCGUUCUGGCUCGCUGUGUACCCAACGGAUGUUGUGAAGAGCAGUAUUCAGGUGGAUGACUAUAAGAAUCCCAAGUUUUCAGGUUCCAUUGAUGCAUUCAAAAAGAUCUUGAAGGCUGAAGGAGUUAAAGGCCUAUACAAGGGGUUCGGGCCUGCCAUGGCCCGCAGCAUUCCUGCAAAUGCAGCAUGCUUCUUGGCGUAUGAAGUUACCAGGUCUACUUUAGGAUGAUUUGAUGUCUUCUUAAGAGAUUUGAUACCCAUUUUAUCGAUUUAAACCUCAAAAUGAGAUCAAUUUUUGCACUUUGACUGGGUUCUGAAUCCUCUCUGUUAUGCACUAAUUUCUUACCAUUGAAAUAUCAUAUAAGGACAACCCAAUAAAUUUCUCAAAAUUUGUAAAAUUUUAUAUUUUCAGCUUUCUUGAUAGUA